GGGGCAGCCUGAGCCGCUGCGGGAGGCGAGGAGGAAGCUGCGCGUCCUGGGAGGCGUGCGGGACACGUACUGGCGGACUCUCGGCCGCUGGGAACUGCGGGACCCCGGGCGAGAAAUCUGCCGGCUUUUGUGGGACCGCUCCCGGGCUACCGACUGCCAGCUUACUUCGUGUGCAUCUGGGAGGUUCUGGGGCAGGUGACAGCACCGUGACCUAUCACCAUGGAUGGAGAUGGACUUUUUGAUGAAGAAACCCAAAGUGUCUUUACCAGUCUGGGUGCUUUGACUGGACCAGGUUUUGACAAAACCUGCCUGGUUCCCUCUGGGGGAUCCGAAUGAGAGAUCUCAGACACCUUCACUGCGAAGCCAAGGACAUUUCUGUAUAAUCAACGGAUGAAAGGAUUUUCUCAGACUCUCUUUCCUCCCAUUUUCCUUGAGGAUUAAUCCACCAGAAUCCACAGUUCCGGUGGAGACUGCAAGGCAUACAAUGUGGCAGAAGCCUAGAGCGCCUUCGGAAUUGCUCUGGACCCUGCCUUUAGCGUAGAGGACUCUCUUGCCGCUCCCCUCCCCUGCCCCCAACUCUCUCCUUCUGUCUUUGGUUUUUUUUUCCCUGUGAAGUUCUGUUUCCAAACUGUUCCCCGGAGCUAUAAGUGGAUUGGCAGUAAUGAGAGAUUAGGCGUUGGGAGAAGCCCAGUGCCCUGUGCAAAGUGUCCUCUUCCUGCUGCGGCCGCCGCCGACAUGAAGUGCUUUUUCCCAGUGUUGAGCUGUCUGGCUGUGCUGGGUGUGGUGUCGGCACAGCGACAGGUCACCGUCCAGGAAGGGCCCUUGUACCGCACUGAGGGCUCCCACAUCACCAUUUGGUGCAACGUGAGUGGCUACCAGGGUCCCUCGGAGCAGAACUUCCAGUGGUCCAUUUACCUGCCCUCCGCCCCGCAGCGUGAAGUACAGAUUGUUAGCACAGUGGACUCCUCCUUUCCUUACGCCAUCUACACCCAACGAGUUCGAGGUGGGAAGAUCUACGUGGAGAGAAUCCAGGGGAACUCGGCCUUACUUCACAUCACAGAUCUGCAAGCCCGGGAUGCUGGGGAGUAUGAAUGUCACACCCCUAACACUGAUGAGCGCUACUUUGGAAGUUACAGUGCCAAGAUGGACCUAGUGGUGAUCCCAGAUUCCCUGCAGGCCACAGCUGUCCCCCAGACUCUACACAAAGUGGAACAGGACCCCCUGGAGCUCAGUUGUGAAGUGUCCACUGAGAGCGACCAGCACAGCCACCUCUCCGUAUCCUGGCUUCGGCGGAAGGGUGGCGAGAAGCCUGUGGAGGUCAUUGCCCUGAGCCGAGACUUCAUCCUGCACUCCAGCAGCGAAUACGCCCAGAGGCAGAGCCUGGGGGAGGUGCGGCUGGACAAGCUGGGGAGGACCACCUUCCGCCUCACCCUCUUCCACCUGCAGCCUUCCGACCAGGGCGAGUUCUACUGCGAGGCUGCCGAGUGGAUCCAGGAUCCAGAUGGCUCUUGGUACGCCAUGACCCGGAAGCGCUCCGAGGGUGCUGUCGUCAACGUCCAGCCCACCGACAAAGAGUUCACCGUGCGUCUGGAGACAGAUAAGAGGCUGCACACAGUGGGUGAGCCGGUGGAGUUCAGAUGUAUCCUAGAGGCUCAGAACAUUCCCGACCGGUACUUUGCCGUCUCCUGGGCCUUCAACAGCUCACUCAUCGCCACCAUGGGGCCUAAUGCUGUGCCCGUCCUCAACAGUGAAUUUGCCCACCGUGAAGCCAAGGGACAGCUUAAAGUGUCCAAAGAGGGUGACGGUGUCUUUGUGCUGAAGAUAUACCACCUCCGCCAGGAAGACAGUGGCAAAUACAACUGCCGGGUGACAGAGCGAGAGAAGACUGUCACUGGCGAGUUCAUUGACAAGGAAAGCAAGCGUCCCAAGAACAUCCCCAUCGUCGUCCUUCCCCUCAAAAGCAGCAUCUCCGUGGAGGUGGCCAGCAACGCCAGCGUCAUCCUUGAGGGUGAGGAUCUGCACUUCUCCUGUAGCGUCCGCACAGUGGGCAGAUUGCAGGGCCGCUUCUCUGUCAUCUGGCAGCUUGUGGAUCGGCAGAACCGCCGCAGCAACGUCAUGUGGCUUGACCGGGAUGGCACCGUGCAGCCGGGCUCAUCCUACUGGGAACGCAGCAGCUUUGGGGGCAUCCAGAUGGAGCAGGUGCAGCCCAACGCCUUCAGCCUGGGCAUCUUCAACAGCAGGAAGGAGGACGAGGGCCAGUACGAAUGCCAUGUGACGGAGUGGGUACGGGCCGUGGAUGGAGAAUGGCAGAUCGUGGGGGAGCGCCGCGCCAGUACCCUUGUCUCCAUCACAGCUCUUGACACGGGCUUUGCCGUCACAGCCAUCUCCCGGACGCCAGGGGUGACCUACAGCGACUCCUUCGACUUACAGUGCAUCAUCAAACCCCACUACCCAUCCCGCGUCCCCGUGUCGGUGACGUGGCGGUUCCAGCCAGUGGGCACAGUUGAGUUCCAUGAUCUGGUGACCUUCACGCGGGAUGGAGGGGUUCAGUGGGGAGACAGGUCGUCCACCUUCCGAACGCGGACCGCCAUCGAGAAGGCCGAGUCCAGCAACAACGUCCGCCUGAGCAUCAGCCGGGCCAGUGACACAGAGGCCGGCAAGUACCAGUGUGUGGCGGGGCUGUGGCGGAGGAACUACAACAAUACCUGGACGAAGCUGGCGGAGAGGACCUCCAACCUGCUGGAGAUUCGGGUGCUGCAACCAGUGACGAAGCUGCAGGUGAGCAAGUCGAAGAGAACACUCACGCUAGUGGAGAACCGGCCAAUUCAGCUGAACUGCUCCGUUAAGUCCCAGACCAGCCAGAACUCGCACUUCGCCGUGCUGUGGUACGUUCACAAGCCCUCGGACGCAGAUGGCAAGCUCAUUCUCAAAACCACGCACAGCUCAGCCUUUGAGUAUGGAACCUAUGCCGAGGAGGAGGGCCUGCGAGGCCGGCUGCAGUUCGAGAGGCAUGCGUCAGGGGGCCUGUUCAGCCUCACCGUGCAGAGAGCUGAGGUCAGCGACAGUGGUAGCUACUACUGCCACGUGGAGGAGUGGCUGCUGAGCCCCAACUAUGCCUGGUACAAGCUGGCCGAGGAGGUUUCAGGGCGCACCGAGGUCACCGUGAAGCAGCCAGACAGCCGCCUGAAGCUCAGCCAAGCCCAGGGCAACCUGUCUAUUCUGGAGACCCGGCAGAUCCAGCUGGAGUGUGUGGUCCUGAACCGUACCAGCGUCACCUCCCAGCUCGUGGUGGAAUGGUUUGUCUGGAAGCCCAACCACCCAGAACGGGAAACAGUGGCCCACCUGAGCCGGGAUGCUACCUUCCACUACGGUGAACAGGCCGCCAAAAACAACCUCAAGGGCCGACUGCACUUGGAGAGCCCGUCUUCCGGCGUGUACAGGCUCUUCAUCCAGAAUGUGGCGGUCCAGGACAGCGGGACCUACAGCUGCCGGGUGGAGGAGUGGUUGCCCAGCCCCAGUGGUGUGUGGUAUAAACGGGCUGAGGACACAGCUGGGCAGACGGUCGUCACAGUCAUGCGACCUGACGCCGCCCUGCAGGUGGACACGGUGGUCCCCAAUGCCACAGUAUCCGAGAAGGCAGCUUUCCAACUCGACUGCAGCAUCCUGUCUCGAUCAAGCCAAGACUCCCGCUUUGCUGUGGCCUGGUAUUCCCUAAGGACUAAAGGUGGAGGAAAAAGAGGCAACCUUGGCCUUGAAGAACAAGAGGAGGAAGAGGAGGUAUCGGAAGACGAGGACAGUGAAGAUCCGACAGAGAGGAUGGUCCUGCUGAGCGUGGGACCUGAUGCCGUCUUUGGUCCCGAAGGCAGCCCUUGGGAGGGCAGGCUGCGUUUCCAGAGACUCUCGCCCCUGCUGUACCGGCUCACGGUGCUUGAGGCGAACCCCCACGACACAGGCAAUUACUCCUGCCGUGUGGAGGAGUGGCUGGCCAGCCCUCAGAAGGAAUGGUACCGGCUAACAGAGGAGGAGUCGGCCCCCAUUGGCAUCCGGGUUCUGGACACAAGUUCCACCCUGCAGUCGCUCAUCUGCUCCAACGACGCCCUCUUCUACUUCGUCUUCUUCUACCCUUUCCCCAUCUUCGGCAUCCUCAUCAUCACCAUCCUGCUGGUGCGCUUCAAAAGCCGGAACUCCAGCAAGAACUCGGAGGGGAAGAACGGGGUGCCCCUGCUGUGGAUCAAGGAGCCGCACCUCAACUACUCCCCGACUUGCCUGGAGCCCCCUGUGCUCAGCAUCCAUCCAGGAGCCAUAGACUAAGGAGGGUGGCCCCCCGCAGACAUUGCCCAUGGCAGGGUCGGGUCAGGGGAGCCCUGUGGGCUUUUCCUCAUUGCUUCGUGCUCUGUGAUUGGACAGGCCACAGCACCCGAACUCUGCAGUUUCUCUGCAGGAACCAGUCAGACCUGGACCGUGUUGGAAGAUCCCAGUCAUGGAGAUGACUGCCUCCAGGCGGCAGUCCUGGUUAGCUAUUUGCACCCAGGUGUCGUGAUCCCAACGUCCUAGGUUUCUAGUUUUUGGUUUUGGUAACGUAGUGCGUAGCUCCAGGGGCCGCAUCUACUCACCAGUCUGUCUAGUGUUUUCGGACCGGUGCUAUGGGGUUUCCUGUUCAGUGUAAUGUACUCUUUUAAGCCCCUUUGGUCCUCUCCAUGUGGAUCUCAUAAUGUUGUGGAAGAGUUUCUCUCACAACCGAAAAGCAAGAGGAAGACGACUUUAUAGUAACAAGAAAUCUCUUCCAAGACAUUUUUGUUUUUGCACAUUUGAAAAUGCCACCCGUGGAUCAAAAUACACCCAAACAUUUUUUUUUUUUUUUUUACUUUCUUAGCAAGACUUGAAAAAUAUGUGUAGCGUGGGCCCAAUUUGUAUCUUAUCUUUUCCCUCAGCUGGAGUUGUUGGAACCACUUUAUAGUCAAGAUGAAAGCAUUGAAUUUUGCUUCAAAGAACUGCACAUGUGCAGAAGAAGCCCCGCGGAACCUGUUAGGAUUAGAUGGUAUCCAGCCAGCCGAUCUACCAGGGAGGCAAAAGGGGACCCCAUCCUUGCCAAAAAAAAAAAAAAGCAAGCCAACCUGGAGGCCAGGUUGAGGGCUCCAGAUGGCGCCCAGUUUCUGAGGGUCGCCCUGAGUGUACCUACCUUUGUAGUGACCAAAGCCAGUGAUUAGGGACGGGGAAAGAAGCUGCUUGUUGUCUUGAUGAUGGCAAGCUCAGUCUCUUGAUUGAUACCCCUGAGCAGGGAGCUUUUACCUGCAGGUGUUUUUCCAAAUUGUCAAGGGGACAGACAUGUCCAGUGAACCUGGAAGGGGCUGCCCUAAGUGGAGCCCUGUGGUCCAGUGGAGGGUGCUGAGCUAUCAUAGGGAGUGUGGGAGAGUGGAGGGUGGGCUGGGGUGGGGGUCUCUAGACCCUGCUGUUGGAGAGGCUGGAGGAAUUCUUACCUCUCUGUCUUCCUUCCACCGGGUGAUGAGGUCUUCCUCAUCUAUCACUGCUCUCUCCCUGAAUCUCACUGCUGUGGGGAUGUUGUCCUAGGAGAGGACCAGGUGCAGCCCUUUGUGAUCCGAGCUGUCCCCUAAUCUCAGCAGACUGGGGAGCCACAGGUGUUGAGUCAGGGGUUGUCCCUUCCCUUUGUUGGAGUAUGUGUGUGUGAGAGAGUGUGUGUGUGUGUGUGUGUGUGCGUGCGUGCGUGCAUGCGUGUGUGUGUGUGUGUGUGUGUGUGUGUGUGUGUGUGUGUGUGUGUGUUUAGGUUGUCUGGUUGUACUAGUGGCUUCUAAUUUUCAGCCUACAAAUUCAAAAUCCACUGCCUCCGCUGUUAUUAGGCCAGAUGCUUAGCUGCCCUAGAGCCCCAUCAAUUGCAAAUCCUUCAUUUCGCCUUUCACUAGCUCUGAAGAUCUCGUGAAGCCCCCCUUUCUUCCCCCAUCCUUACCAGCCAUACCUUCCCUUGGGAAUUUGCACUCUGAAUCCCAAGAUAGAGCCCCUUGGAAAAAGCUGCCCAAGAUUGCAGAAGUAAAUCUAAUGAGAAUAAAUGGUCAGCACAACACGGAGGCUGUGGGAUUUCCGGGCCACUGAGCCAUGUGGUUACAGGUCCUUUCAAGGGGUCCACUGGGUGUAGGCCACAUUCCGGGUAGCAGAGGAGGACAGGGGAGGCAAGACAAACCUUCCUCUUUCCCCUUGAUCCUCUGGGAAGUUUCCAGGCACGGCCACCCUAAUCCCUCGGGUGCCUACCCUGCUGAUUCUCUAUGCUGCACCAACACUUCAGAGGGACCAAAUUGGCUCUGUCACAAAGAAAGAACGUCUUUUCUUCUGUUCCUUCACUCUGUGGGUGUGGGCUCUCGGUGGGUAAUGCUGACUCCUGGUUUUUAGGCUGAGUCAAUGAGGAAAGAUUGACUCUGCCUCUGAAUGGAGAGACGCCAGAGGGCUGGCCUGGAUUAAGAUUUCAGAUGGGUUCUGUAGCAGUGGAACACUGACGCUGCACGUACAUUUGUGAAGCCGUUGCAGGGCGUUUGCCAGGAGGAAAGAAACCGAAGUCAGUAUUUUAACAACUGCUUUUUGUGUGUGUGUGUCUUGCAGGGCUGGGGGAUGCAAUCAAACGUUGAACUCUGAGCUUUUUAUGAAAAAAGAAAGAAACAAAAACCCAGGCCCUCUCUGUGGCUGGUUCUAUGGACAUGUGUUGUCAGAGGAAUGGUGAUGGCGCCCUCCAGUGGCUGGAAGACCUCACUGCACAUUGUGUGCCGGGGCUUUGGUCUUCUAAAUACAGAGUGAAAAGGACUCUUUGAGAGACUCCUGACACCUGUCCGCUCCACUGUGCUAGGCAUGUCCCAGGACACUACCCGACCACACCCUCUCUCACCAGGGUGUCUCUGUAGCAAGUUUUCAUAUUCGUUUCAAUCAAUGGUUUCUCUGCGUUCAUUGUUGAAGAGAGAUGGAGUGAGAAGACCAUCCAUGCAUGAAGUAGAGAGCUGUUGGUCUGUUUCGCUUUUUUUAAAGGAGAAACUAUUUGUAAGCCACUGCACUAAGACAUUUUAUAGACACUGCAGAGACUGUAGUAAAUUACGUUGACACUACGCUGUUUACAUUUUUCUGGAGUCUGAUGCCCUCCCGCCCCUCACUGGACCAGCCACCUCCGGCUGUGGGACUGUGCUCGGUGGGUGGCCUGGAGUUCCACCCCUGGCACUGAGGUACCAGGUUCGAGUUUUACAAGCUGUAGCUUUUCUAUGCAUGCCCUUGCCCAGCCUAAAUUAUGUUUUUGUACAAAUGAUAAAAAUCUUUCUCAAGACA